AGCCGGAUUACGUCUCCUGGACGGGGCUUCUGGAUGCCUGUCGGAGCGAUAGCGACCGAGAGCGCGCCAGGGAUGCCGCGAAGCAAAUGCGAGCGCUCCGGCCGGAGAAAUCGUCGCCGUAUGUGCUGGCCCUGUUUUAGGGCUCUUCCUGUUAUUAGGGUUUUUCGUCCUGUUUUAGGGUUCUUGGGCACGAGGAUCGCGAUGGGUUUGGGCGGAUCCCGCCUAGCGCCUAAGGAUCUGGUAGUCCUGAUCACCGGAUGCUCCGAGGGAGGGAUCGGGCACGCGCUGGCAGCGGAAUUGGGCAGCCGGGGGUGCACGGUUGUGGCGUCGGCGCGUUCGCUCGCAUCGAUCCGGGGGCUGGAGCAGCAGCAGCCCAGCUCCAUCAGCUGCAUUACGCUGGAUGUGCUGGACGAGGACUCCAUGUCCCGGGCGGUGGAGUCGACGAUCCAGAGAUUUGGGAAGAUCGAUGUGCUCAUCAACAAUGCGGGCGUUCCUUGCCUGGGGCCGAUCGCGGAGAUCCCCUUGGAGAUGCUGGAGAGAGCGUAUAGAACCAAUGUCUUUGGAACUGUGUCUUUGAUCCAAAAGGUGGUUCCUUUCAUGGUGAAACAAGGAAGAGGAAGGAUCGUGAACGUCGGUAGCAUCGGUGCGUACGCUUCUGGCCCUUGGAUGGCUGGCUACACUUCCUCCAAAGCAGCCCUCCACGCAUUAACUGACUCUCUAAGAGUGGAGCUGCGACCAUUCAACAUCGACGUGAUCCUCGUCACUCCCGGAGCGAUCGUUUCGAACAUCGGCAAGGCUGCGCUCUCCACAGGCCUGAGUUACGACCUCAAGAUCUACAAGCCAUUCCAGGAAUCCAUCGAGUACCGCGGGAUGCUCUCGCAGGGCCCCAAGUCCACUCCAGCGCCCGAGUUUGCGAGAGCCGUGGCGAGCAAGAUCCUGGAUGGCAAGCCCCCGAGCUACUUCGGUUAUGGCCACUUCGUCCCGUUGCUCUGGUCGAUGUUCUACGCGCCGGCAUGGGUGAGAGACUGGUUCUUCGUGAAACUUCUCAAGAUUGACAAGGUCAAGCUUGUCAAGAACUAGAGUUCCAGCAGAGAUGCGUAGUAUAUGGGCAUUUGCUGUUCAUGUAAAAACCGUUAUCUCGGAAUUUGAAUCUUCGCUGGAAUUCGAGAGACAA